UUUUUUAGAGAGAGAAAGAAAGAAACAUUGAAAGGGUUAAUGGCGAGCGAAUGAAACAACUUGUUUUCUCUCUCUUCUGUAAAACACUACCUGGAUUAAGUAAUCACCACCAGCUCACCUUCUUCUACUUCUUCUUCAAUAAUGGUUGGUGAUCAGAAACAAGGAAUGGAUCUAAAACCCUAAAAGGGUUAUUUUUUUUGUUGAAAUAGUAGGAUUGUUUGUUGUUAUAAGAAGAGAAAUCAUUGGGUAAACCCUAUUUGAUCAAUUAGAUCGAAGAAGGGAUUGAAAGAACCAUGGCGUCAGCUAAGUCAUCUAGGUCCAGGGUAUCAGGUGGAGUAACACCAUCAAAGGGGGCAGGUAAUGUUGUGGAAAAUGGUAUUCAGAUCGAAGAUAAACUCAAAGUAUUUAGGAAUGAUAAUUUUGAGCCUGAAGCAUUUGUACAAUCUAAAUGUCAGUCUUUGAAUGAAAAGGAAAUAAGGCAGUUAUGCUCAUACCUUCAUGAUUUGAAGAAGGCUUCUGCUGAGGAAAUGCGUAAGAGUGUUUAUGCCAAUUAUACAGCUUUCAUACGCACAUCGAAGGAGAUAUCGGAUCUAGAGGGGGAGCUUCUUUCCAUCAGAAAUCUUCUAUCCACACAGGCAGCCUUAAUCCAUGGUUUAGCUGAGGGAGUUCAAAUCGAGUCCCUGUCAACUACUUUUUCUGAUGAUUCUGCAUCACGGGGGACACACAAGUCUGAAAACAGAGAAACUUCAGACGUAGAGAAGUGGUCAGUAGAGUUUCCUGAUAUGCUCGAUGUCUUGUUAGCCGAGAGGAGAAUAGAUGAAGCUUUAGAUGCCUUAGAUGAAGGAGAAAAUGUAGCUGCAGAAGCGAAAGAAAAGAAAACAUUAAGUUCAGCUGCAAUCAUCUCGUUACAGUCUGCUAUUACUGAAAGAAGACAAAAAUUAGCUGAUCAGCUCGCUGAAGCUGCAUGCCAACCUUCCACCCGUGGUGUGGAGCUUCGUGCAGCUGUUUCAGCUCUGAAACGACUUGGAGAUGGCCCCCGUGCUCAUAAUUUACUGCUGAAUGCUCAUUACCAGCGGUUUCAGUACAACAUGCAAAGCCUUCGUCCAUCAAGCACUUCAUAUGGAGGAGCAUAUACAGCUGCCCUAUCACAGCUGGUUUUCUCUGCGAUUGCUCAAGCUGCUACUGAUUCUAUGUCUGUGUUUGGUAAUGAGCGACAAUAUUCAUCUGAACUUGUAGUUUGGGCCACUAAACAAACAGAGGCUUUUGCGUUGCUUGUAAAGAGACAUGCAUUGGCCUCAUCAGCAGCUGCUGGUGGUUUAAGAGCUGCUGCUGAAUGUGUUCAAAUCGCAUUAGGUCAUUGUUCUUUGUUGGAAGCUCGUGGUUUGGCACUGUGUCCCGUGCUCCUAAAACUUUUUAGGCCUAGUGUUGAACAAGCAUUGGACGCUAAUUUAAAGCGUAUUGAAGAGAGCAGUGCUGCACUAGCUGCUGCUGAUGAGUGGGUACUUGUAUAUCCUCCAACUGCUAUCCGCCAAUCUGGUCUUGGUACGGCGGCUACAUUCCAUUAUAAACUUUCGAGCAGUGCCCAUCGCUUCAACUCGAUGGUCCAGGAUUUCUUUGAGGAUGUAGGACCACUGCUAAGUAUGCAGUUGGGAGGUCCUACAUUGGAAGGUCUCUUUCAAGUAUUCAACUCAUAUAUCAGCUUACUCAUAAAUGCACUACCUGGAUCUCUCGAGGAUGAAGGAAACAUGGAAGGUUCCUCAAAUAAAAUCGUGCGGCUCGCUGAGACAGAAUCCCAGCAGAUAGCAUUGCUAGCUAAUGCAUCCUUGUUAGCAGAUGAGAUGCUCCCACGUGCUGCCAUGAAGCUUGCCCCGAUGAACCAGGGGAAUAUCAAGGAUGAUCCUCGUAAACGAGCACCAGAUAGGAAUCGCCACCCAGAGCAACGAGAAUGGAAAAGACGGCUGCAACGGUCUGUUGAUAGGUUAAGAGAUGCUUUCUGUCAACAGCAUGCUCUUAAUCUCAUUUUCACAGAAGAUGGUGACACCCACCUUAAAGCAGAGAUGUAUUUGAACAUGGAUGGAAGUCUUGAUGAACCUGAGUGGUUUCCUUCUCCCAUCUUCCAGGAACUUUUUGCAAAGCUAAACAAAAUGGCUACCAUAGCAGCAGAGAUGUUUGUAGGCCGUGAAAGAUUUGCUACAAUUCUACUAAUGAGACUCACAGAGACCGUCAUCUUGUGGUUUUCAAAUGACCAAAGUUUUUGGGAUGAUAUGGAGGAAGGGCCAAGGCCUUUGGGUGCUUUUGGUCUUCAGCAGUUCUAUCUGGAUAUGAAAUUUGUCAUUCAUUUCUCAUCCCAAGGACGCUACUUAUCACGGCAUUUGAAUCAAGUUAUCAAUGACAUAAUAUCCAGAGUUGCAGCAGCAUUUGCUACCACUGGAAAGGAUCCAUACAGGAUAUUGCCGGAGGAUGAGUGGUUUAUGGACCUUGCUCAAGAAGCCAUAGAGAGGCUGACUGGAAAAACUAGAGCCGCAAAUGGAGAUAGAGAUCCCAACAGUCCGACUGCAUCUGUCUCAGCACAGUCUGUUUCAUCAGUGAGAUCUCAUGGAAGUUCCUAGUCUAAUGCAGUUCCUCAGCUUUGUAUAUUACCGGGAGAUCGAGAUAAAGAGCCAAGCUAAACCAGUUUGGGUUUUCAAGCACGGUUACUACAUGUCAAGAACCAGCAACAAAGCUGUCUUCAAUCAUUUCUGCUCCUACUGGUUACGUACUGCUCAAAAUCCUUGUAUAAAAUGUAAGCCCACUGUAUUUUUUUCCUCUCCAGUUUGUACUAAUUGUUCUGGUUGGUUUUAGGAUAUUUUUUUCAAUUGAUCUUUAGCUUGAGUGUUUAUGAGUUUGUAAAUGUUGACAAUGUUGGUCUGUCACUUUGUGUUCGAUUCUGAAACUGCACCAUUCUUUCACUCCUUUCACAUAAUAGUUGCUUGUUUAGCACGACUGCUGAGGAAUGGAAGGAUAAAACAGAACUGUAUAUUUUGGAUGAUGCACUGCGAAUGUCUUUAUAUAUCCUCAAUAUGCAGCCUUGAAAGCAACGGAUUGUCUAUAUGAAUUGAUACUUGUGAUCCAAACAGAGGUUUAUCUGUAAAUCUUGUGAGUGUAAUAAAGGAAGUGGGAAUUCGUAUA